CCCAACCUCACAUACAUACCACCAUACACCAUAUAUCGCACUCCCUCAUCAAUCAAACGCUCAGUCCACCCUCAGCCCUUUAACUAGGGUCCGUCACGAUAUUCUCCCGCCAUAUCCUCAGAAUGGCCGGUGCUGGCGCCACCAAAAGGCCGGGGUCUCCCGACCGUGCCAUCUCCCCGCCGCCACUUAAGCGGAAGGUUGGGUCUACGAUAACGAAAAAAGCUGCGUCGUCGUUCUUUACGCCUACGUCGCAGAAGAAGCCCGAGAGGCUGGUUUGGCGGGUUGUGAGUAAUAGUCUCGUUGUGGGGAGGUACUCGGCGGAACCAGAUGGGGAGCGGAAACAUGAUGGGGCCAAGCCUAGGGUUGCUGCGUUUGAUUUGGACUCCACGUUGGUAUCUACAGCCUCUGGGAACACAUUCCCUAGAAACUCAUCCGACUGGAAAUGGUGGCACGAUACUGUCCCGUCUAAACUCCAGCAACUUAACAAAGAUGGCUACCACGUCGUCAUCAUGUCCAACCAAAAGAAAGUCAGCAUCCAGAAGGAGAUCAAAGCAGGACGAAGCGAUUCCAAGAGUCUCACGAAUUUCAAAGAACGCGCUGCUGCUGUUAUGGAAAAGCUGGAUAUUCCUAUCAGUGUCUACGCCGCGACUGAAGAUGAUAGCUACCGCAAGCCGAGGACGGGCAUGUGGAAGGAGUAUCUGGAUGAUCAGGACUUUGAUGUUGAGGGUGUUGAUCUGAAGGGCUCGAUUUAUGUUGGAGAUGCCGCUGGUCGGCCGAGGGAUCAUUCUCAGGUGGAUCGUGGUUUCGCCGUAAACGUCGGACUCCCCUUCCAAACCCCCGAAGAAUUUUUCCUCAACGCAGCGCCAGAACCGCUCGUGGAACCCUUCGACCCCACAGUCUAUUUGGAAUCCGAUCCCACAGACAACGUCCCCGCCCCUUUCUCCCGGAAUAGUCCCGUGGAGCUAGUGAUCUUCUGCGGGAGUCCGGGGGCGGGCAAAUCUACGUUUUACUGGAAUUAUUUGCAGCCGUUGGGUUAUGAACGGGCCAACCAGGAUCUUUUGAAGACGCGCCCAAAAUGUAUAAAAGUGGCGAAGGAAUACCUUGCGGCCGGGAAAUCUGUCGUCGUCGACAACACAAACGCCGACCCCGAAACAAGGGCUCACUGGGUAUCAGUGGCCAAAGAAUCCGGCGUCCCCAUCCGCUGUGUAUAUUUCACGGCAUCGCAGGAUCUAUGCCGACAUAACAACGCUGUGCGCGCGGCGAAUCAAGACUUGAACCCCGAAUCCCGCACCUUACUCCCCGGAAUCGCCUUCGGCGACUUCGGCCGCAGAUUCAAGGAACCCUCGCUAUCGGAGGGCUUCGAGGACAUCGUCCGCGUGGAUUUCCGGUUCCGCGGCAGCGAGGAGAGUAAGGGCGUUUGGGGGAAGUAUUGGAUUUGAUCCUGUUGUCUUGCCUUUUGGCUUGGAUAGACUUGGAUAGGUCUGGGGUUAGAUAUAGAUGUUUGAUGGUUGAGUUCAUUGCAUUGAGGAGAUAGAUACAUACGCCGCUCAAUACAUAUCUCGCUCACACAGCAUGGCUAGCAUAGUGAUCGC